CGAAUGUUCACAACCAGUUCACACUCCGCGACUUGCAUCGCCGGCCCUUUCCAUCCUCUUGCAGAAGACUUCGGCAGUCGUCUUGGGUUCGUCUGCAAAGGUGGUUUGCAGGAUCCCAGUAGGAUUCGGCCUACGGUUCGCCCGUCUUCCUGCUUCGCCUGAUUAGGCCUCGGUAUGAUUUCGAACACCGUACGUAGCCCUGCCUCGAUUUAAAAAGCCGGCUCCCACGCGAACAGCGUUUCGUCGAACCUUUCUGCAGCUUUCCGGUUGAAGGUGGUUUCCCAUUCGUCAUCGCAAUGGCGCUGCAUCUCCUGUCAUGGCGAUAUCUAGUCACCUUCACGUUCGUGGCAUACGUCUUUUCUGUAUAUGUCAGAAGAUAUGUAAAAUGGAAGAAGGUCCAGAGCCUUGGAGGCGAGUCGCCCAGAGUCAGAACCAGGUUCAUUUUCGGGCUGGACUUUCCCGUACACUCAACGCUUGCCAUUGUUAAUGAUAGAGCUUGGGAAUUCUGGGAGUGGAUGUAUGAACAUACAGGAACUUCCUCUAGUGGGACUGGCUCCUACACAUGUGAGCUGCACAUAUUGGACAACGCAAGAGUGGUGUUUACAGCCGACCCGGAGAACAUCAAGACUGUCCUCGCCACUCAAUUUCAAGACUUUGGCAAAGGGACACAGUUUCAUGAAGAAUGGAAGGAUUUCCUGGGUGACAGCAUCUUCACCACGGACGGACAAUUAUGGCACAACUCGCGACAGCUUUUGCGGCCAAUGUUUGUCCGUGAGAAAGUUGCCGAUCUGCCUCUUAUCGAGACACAUAUCCGCAAGCUGAUGUCCUUGAUCGGCCCUGGUGAUGGAAAAAUGGUCAUGUUGAACAAGUUAUUCUUCCGUUUCAGCCUCGACGCAUCUACUCAUUUCUUGUUCGGACAUAGUGUGGGGAGUCUCGACACCGAGCAGUCGGCAUUUGCGACUGCCUUCGACGAGGUGCAGAGAGUCCAGUCUCUUGAAGGGCGACUGGGGCCAUUCAGACAUUUCCAUUCGAGGAGAUCUUUCUAUGCCGGGCUGAAAGCCGUCGAAGCCUUCAUUGAACCUUUCAUCACAGACGCGUUAGCAAUGUCUCCGGCGGAGCUGGAGUCGAAGCUCUCUCGUGCCGACACAUUUAUCCACGCCCUUGCUCGAUUCACACGUGAUCGCAAAGUGAUGCGUGACCAACUGUUCGCUCUGCUACUCGCCGGGCGCGAUACGACGGCCUCUACUUUGUCCUGGCUGUUCCUUGAGCUGGCUAAGAACCCUCGGGUAGUCGACAAGCUACGAGCGGAAAUCGUCGAGUUCUUAGGGAGAGAUGGUCGGCCUCCGUCCUACCAGGACAUCAAGGAUAUGAAGUACCUGAACCACACCAUAAACGAGACUUUACGACUGUAUCCGGUGGUACCUUUCAAUGUUCGCGCGUCACUCACGGAUACCUCCUUGCCGCAUGGAGGAGGUGCCGAUGGCAUGAGUCCCGUGGGCUGCCCCAAGGACACACCAGUCGGCUAUAGCACUCUCUCUGUGCAGCGCCGGAGAGAUCUGUAUCCGCCGGUGUCACCAUCUUUCCCGUAUGACCCUCAUGACUGGGUGCCCGACCGGUGGGCGACGUGGACUCCGAAGCCUUGGAAUUUUAUCCCGUUUAAUGGCGGACCAAGGAUCUGUAUUGGCCAACAAUUUGCGAUGGUUGAGAUGGGGUACACCAUUGUCAGAAUUUUGCAGGAGUUUGAUCAAAUCAUCGACUAUGGGAAUGAACGGACGAUGCACGCAGACAUUGUUCUGACCCCAGCGAAAGGCGUCAAGGUGGGUUUUGUCAAACGAGCAAGUCAUACCUAGUGAGAAGUCACAACGCCUCUGGACAGAAAAAGUGGCAUUGUCAGACGAGAACAUUCGUUCAUUAUUCGGUAGUGUUCUUGACCUUGAAUUUGAAGUCUAAGUCCUUCUGGUUCCGGUUGAGUAGACUUUUCACAAUAACACAUGCGAGUACGG